AUGUCAGAGUCUACAAAUGAAGAUUCUGGAGCAGGAAGAUUGGUGGAAGAGAAUCCAAAUGAACAAAGAAGUCAAUCAGAAUUAACGCUCGUGAAGUGGCAGUCCUCCGAUCAAGUGAAGACUAGUACUCCUUCAUCGUCGCCCCCAUACAUGGACAUUGACCAUGAUUUUGGACCAAAACCUUCUGAACUAUUUGGGAGAAUUUUUUGUAAGAUUGAUAAUGUUUCAAAGAUCAAUGAACGGAGGGUUUGUAGCGAGGUUUUUCAAAUCGGUGGCCACGAUUGGUUUAUCGUAGUUUAUUUACAAGGUCGUGAUGCUUCCAGUUCCAAGCAUCUCUCUUUGUUUCUCUGUGUCGCAGACUCUGAAGAUCUUCUUCCAGGCUGGAGUCAUUUGGCUCAAUUUACUGUAUCUCUGGUGAAUAAAUUAGAUCCAAAGAAAUCGAAGCAUGCAGAUUUAAUAUUUCGGUUUAGGAAGAACGCGACUGCUCGGGGAUGGAAUGAGUUUAUAGAGUUGCCUAAAUUACAUGAAGGGUUCAUAUAUGAUUCUGAUUCUCUUUUAAUUGGAGUUCAGAUUCAGGUGAUCAGAGAGAGGGUGGAUCGACCUUGGCGUUGCCUUGAUUAUGAGUAUAGGAGGGAACUUGCUACGGUGUUUAAGCCAGAUGUAGAUCUACCUUUACUGUGGUUUGUGGAAGAUUAUAGAAGAGGGCUUAUCAAAGUGACAGAGGACAAGCUAAACUGGAACAGCUUUGGUGCCUUCUGGUCAAGGUUGGACCAAAACUCAAGGCGUCAGUUGUCUCGGGCGAAAAGGGACGUGAUUCUAAAAGAAGUUGUUAAAUCCUUCUUCUUCGAGGACAAAAUCACAUCCGCUUUUGUGAUGGAGUUCUUCUAUAGUGGUUUGAAGGCUCUUGAAGGCCAAACGGAUACGGACGUAUCGCCAGCUCCAAUGGUUACUGUGGAGGAAGAUAUGUUUGUAUUGGCUGAUGAUGUGAUGUCACUCAUACAGAGGUUUUGUUUGGAGCCAUUCGCUCAAAAAGAUGAAAUAGGUCAUCAAAAAACCACAAGGGAUGGGAAUGCUAGAGGUGUAUACGAUGAUGAAACCAUAAAAGAUGUUGAGAGGCAUCUAAUUGAGAGGGGUAAACGGACUAUAGAAGUAGUUGCUUUUGGUCAUAUCUACGUGUAA